UGAUAGAUGUAUGCACCAAUGAAACCACCACCACAAUCAAGAUACCAAACAUUUAAAAGAAAGUAUGUGCAUUGUAUUUCUGAGAGAAGGACGUGUAUUACGUUGUGUUUCUGAGGGGUGUGUGUGAGAAGGCAUAUAUCUGAGACAGUGUGUGUGUAUAUUGUAUCAUAUUUGAAAGAAGAGAAGAGUAUGUGUUAUUUCUGAGAACCCUCAGCUCUCACACAGCCAGGGUGACAUCCGUGGGCCACGCCUGCCACACGUGUGUCCCAACACGCCUUGGGCAGGCUGGACCUGUCUGCAGCAGAGGGUGGAGCCUGUUUCCUCUGGGUCUGUCAGUUCCUAAGGCCCUGGGAGCCGCCACGUGGGGCCCCCUCCCUGACCUCUCCAAUCUGGAGGCCUCCUCUGCUUCCAGCACCCCAGCCCCAUGGCCCUCUCCUCCCGCCCCACCCCCAGUGGUCUGACUGGUUCCCAACAAAAACACCCUGAGAAUGAGCUCACGGAGAGGCUGCCGCCUCCACACAUACGUCCACCCCACACGCCCAGGAGGGGAGGGCAUUUCCAGUCCCAGGUGACACAGCCCGGAGCGCUGGGCCAGGGAGCAGCAAUGUCCGUGCAGGUGGCAGCCCCCGGAGGCGUGGGGCUGGGCCCCGAGCGCCUGAGCCCCGAGGAGCUGGUGCGGCAGACGCGGCAAGUAGUGCAGGGGCUGGAGGCCCUACGGGCAGAGCACUGCGGCCUGGCCGGGCACCUGGCGGAGGCCCUGGCAGGACAGGGCCCGGUGGCUGGCUUGGAACUGCUGGAAGAAAAGCAGCAGGUGGUGAGCCACUCACUGGAGGCCAUCGAGCUGGGGCUGGGCGAGGCCCAGGUGCUGCUGGCCCUGUCGGCGCACGUGGGUGCGCUGGAGGCUGAGAAGCAGCGGCUCCGCGCGCAGGCCCGGCGGCUGGCCCAGGAGAACGCAUGGCUGCGGGAGGAGCUGGAGGAGACGCAGCGGCGGCUGCGGGCCAGCGAGGAGGCCGUGGCCCAGCUGGAGGAGGAGAAGAACCACCUUGAGUUCCUGGGGCAGCUGCGGCAGUAUGACCCGCCUGUGGAGAGCCAGCAGCCCGAGUCCCCCCCUCGCCGGGACAGCCUGGCCUCCCUGUUCCCCAGUGAGGAGGACGAGAGGAAAGGUCCUGAGGCAGCAGGGGCCGCAGCGGCUCAGCAGGGUGGCUACGAGAUCCCAGCCCGCCUUCGGACCCUGCACAACCUCGUGAUCCAGUACGCAGGUCAGGGUCGCUACGAGGUGGCUGUGCCACUGUGCCGCCAGGCCUUAGAGGACCUGGAGCGGAGCUCAGGCCACUGCCACCCUGAUGUAGCGACCAUGCUCAACAUCCUGGCGCUGGUGUACCGGGACCAGAACAAGUACAAGGAGGCCACAGACCUUCUCCAUGAUGCUCUGCAGAUUCGAGAGCAGACGCUGGGCCCUGAGCACCCAGCGGUGGCCGCCACCCUCAACAACCUGGCUGUCCUCUACGGGAAGCGCGGGCGUUACCGGGAGGCGGAGCCACUGUGCCAGCGCGCCCUGGAGAUCCGAGAGAAGGUCCUGGGCGCCGACCACCCGGACGUGGCCAAGCAACUCAACAACCUGGCCUUGCUCUGCCAGAACCAGGGCAAAUUCGAGGAGGUGGAACGGCAUUACGCGCGGGCCCUGAGCAUUUACGAGGCCCUGGGCGGGCCCCACGACCCCAACGUGGCCAAGACCAAGAACAACCUGGCUUCAGCCUACCUGAAACAGAACAAGUACCAGCAGGCAGAAGAGCUAUACAAAGAAAUCCUCAGCAGGGAGGACCUGCCCGCCCCUCUCGGAGCCCCCAACAGAGGCACAGCUGGUGACGCUGAACAACAGACCCUUCGUCGGAGCAGCUCGUUCUCCAAGCUCCGGGAGUCUAUCCGACGGGGAAGUGAGAAGCUGGUCUCCCGUCUCCGAGGCGAGGGGGCAGCGGGGGCAGCCGGGAUGAAGAGAGCCGUAUCGCUCAACAUGCUGAACAUGGAUGGUCCAAGGGCUGCUGGGACCCAGUUCCCCAACCGGCACUUGAGUGAGGCCUCUCGGACCCUCAGCGCCAGCACCCAGGACAUGGGCCCCCGCUAAAGUCGACUUGGCUGCAGCUUCUGGGGAUGAGUGGGAGAGAGGUGGGCAGAGGGGAGUCUGUUCAUCUCCAUGGCUCUCCCCUGGCCUCCUGGGGGCCCCCACUAUCUUGGGCUUUCCUGUUGCCCUCUCCUUCUGCAAUUAAAGGCUGUAGAUUUGGCAGCCAGAA